AUGGCGCCCACAAUUUUUCGCUUUUCAAGACAACUCAUCCGGAGGCGCUUACCAGUGGUCAAGAUCUCAAAGAUGAGGUUUAUGGCUACGGCGGCGUCAGUGAAGGAGGCUGAAUCCAGCUACAAGAUCAUCGACAAGGCUGUAGAUUUUGAAAAGGCCCAGGCGACGCGUCCCGAGUUUGAUCACUCCAGGACGAUUGAAGUCACCAAACACCCUAAUCCGGAAUGGACCUAUGGCCAAGGAGUCAAGACGCACGACGCGUCUAUCCAGCACAGGGAAAUUGACCCCUACGCCUCCAAUCGUCCCAUGGUGAACAACUACCGCCUGCUCGUGGCGGGCAUCGCGCCCCGGCCUGUAGGGUUUGUCAGUACCAUCUCGGGGGAUGGCAAGUCCAAGAACUUGUCUCCCUUCAGCUACUUCCAAGUCAUCGACCAUGAUCCCCCAAUGUUCAUCAUCGGCUUCUCGUCACGGCCGGGGCGAGAGAAGGACACAUACCGCAACCUCAAAGACACAGGGGAAUGCGUUAUUAAUUCCGUGUCGGAAAAUAUGAUUGAGGCCGUCAACGCUUCGUCUAUAGAUGCGCCCUACGGCGUGUCAGAGUGGGACGUCUCGGGGUUGCACGAGGCCGGCACGACUACUGUCAAGCCAUCUCGCGUGCAGGAGAGUGUGUUCUCGAUUGAGGCCAAGGUGGUGGAUAUCAAAGAAUUCGCAAGCCCCUCGGAGGGCAUGAGUCUGGCUGGAUUGGUCCUCCUCAAGGCAACACGAUUCUGGGUGAGGGAGGACGCAACGAACUCGGAUGCCAGCCAUAUCGAUUUAGAGAAGCUGAGACCUGUUGGCCAGCUCGGUGGAAUUUCCUACAGUCGCAUCGUCUCGACAUUCGAGCUGCCGAGAAGAAGGUGGGAGGAUGAAUACCCAAAGAGUGAGCUCCUGGCCGGUCUUGCAUCCCGCAAGCCCAACAACAGCGUGGAUGAAGAUACAACGAAGCUAUCAGGCCAAGGUGCUGACUGA